UUCAAGAUCUGUGCCGAAUAGAGGCGGCGCUGCUUGCUCCUGGAAAUCCCGCCCGAAGUGCAAGCACCUUCCAUAUAAAGCUCAAUGCUUGUACAGAAAUUGCUUUUGGCCCUCAUUUGUGCGGCCGCUUUGGACGCUGAUGAUUGUGAGAGUGAGGAGGAGGCAAAGCUGUUGGACGUGCAGCUGCUCCAAACAUCCUUGCAGUUCUCCAGCAAAUCCCGGAAUACGAUUCGGCCUGAAAUAGCCCAAGUAUCUGAAGAGGCAGUGCCAGAGGAGCAGUCCCUUUUGCAGACUUCUUUGGAGGUAAGCCUUUUCUCCAAUGCAUCUUCAGUUUUGGGGGCUGAAGGUUGGCAGCUACGAAAUGAGAGCUGCUUCACAGAUGGCUUGUUGCCCAUUCCUGGGACCAAGCCGCUCUUGCUACAGCUUGGCACCGUGCACGAACUCACCAACAUCAAGGACAAGACGGUCCAUAGCACACAGACUUCGUUAGUGCUCUACUUCUUGGAUUGGGAGCAUCUGAGGCCGACCCUCAUUAUGUCAUGCUACCUUUGCCUCUACCUCUUCUCUAUUGUCUCAAUCAACUACCACAUGACGGUGAGCUCGCAAAAAGCAAAGGAAGAUAAACAUAAGUUCGAAGUGGUUUCUCAGGACAGUUGCUUGGAGGACGAGGUCUACAAUAGAAGUCCAUUGAGUUGGCUUUGCGUGUCAUGGCUCAAUCCCAUGGUGGCACGUUUAGGUGCCUCCUGGAGCAGCGCAAUGUCCAAAUGCAAUCCAGAGGAUUUGGCUCCGUUGAAUCCGCCUGAAUUCCAGGCAUACCAUGCAGGCAAUCGCUUUGAAGACCUAUGGAACGAGGAGGUCGCAAAGUUUGGUGACCAGGCAAGCUUUGUCAUGGUGAUGAUUCGGCUUUGGACAUUCAAACGUAUUGCCCUGUUUCAGCUCCUCCUGUUCAUCCAUGUUGUCGUGGGAAACGUGUACCAGGUGUUCCUAAUUCAGCAUUCUUUGAAUUACUUUUUUUGGCUGCAGACGCACGUGAGAGAAAACGGAGGGCAGUUGCCUGAUAUGACACAGCCCAUUUUGUUCUCUAUUGUUGCAUUUUCAGUGCAGCCUUUGUUGUUCGCCGUACUUUGUUCGUAUGAGGCAAACCUGUCCAUCAAAUUUGAUCAGAGCACGGCCGGUGUAGCCACAACAAUGUUUAAGAAAACGCAACGUCUCCCUGCAUCCGCGUUGGCCUCUGACACCAAGCAGAUCGAUGAGAAGCCUGGGGAGCCUGCGCCACCCCCGGCAACGCGGAAGCCGAAUGCCAUGAUGGUCAUCAACAAUGAUUUGAUUGCAAACUUUCACGGGCUAGUCUUCAGCUUUGCUAUGACUGCCAACGCAACCGUGACAGUGGCACUGCUGCUGAUAAUGAUGGCUGUAAAGCUGCGUUUGGCGACGUUGUUUUGUUUGGCGGUGGCUAUUCCAGCCUUGACGCUGUCCUUGAUUCUGAGCGGGGCCAUGGGUAUCAACAUGAUGCAGCUGCAAGAUGUUAUGGACAAAAGAAUCUACAUGAUCAGAGAGAUCAUGAAGGGCAUUCGGAUAGUGAAGUGCUAUGCCUGGGAAGCUGCCAUGGAGGAUCAGAUCAGAAAGCUUCGAACCCGCGAGCUCUCGUUCUUGAACCAAUACUUCAAGCUGUGCAGUAACUUCGUGGCGUUGUUCAACAUUUUUCCGAGGGUGUUGACCUGUGCGGGGCUUUAUGGCUUCAUUCGCCUGUACGGACGGCAUGAUCUGGCAUCCAUUUUUGCUUGCCUCCAGAUCUUGGCAUCCCUCCGGCAAGAAAGUUCCCUCCUAUCGAAUGGUUUGCAGAAAUUGGUCACAAUCCGAAUCAGCGCUGCCCGGAUUCAAGCAUUCCUCCACUUGGAAGAAGCACCCGUGUUGCCAGGAAUCAGUGAGCCAAGCUGGGUUGAUGUGUGGCCACGCUCUGGAGGUUCACCUCGCAGCUUUCAACUGAAAGGCAGCUACAAGUUCAGUCGUGAAACUGAGGCUCCAACAGUGCUUCACGACAUCUCUUUGGAGGUCAAGCCUGGGGAGAUGGUUGCAAUUGUUGGCUCUGUUGGCUCUGGGAAGAGCACACUUUUGGAGGCUUCGUUGGGAGAGCUUUAUCCAGUGGAGGCAGAACAUGCAUUUUUAUCAAGACCUCAUGUGGCCGGAUACUGUGCCCAAGUUCCUCACAUCGCAGAGGGAACCAUCCGAGAAAACAUUGUAUUUGGCUGCCCCUUUGAUGAGGCUCGCUACUGGAAGGCCAUCUCUGCCUCAGGGUUGGAGAGCGACUUGCGGCUCUUGCCAGGAGGCGAUCAUGCCUUUAUUGGAGCUCGGGGUAUCAGCCUGUCUGGAGGUCAAAAGGCCCGGGUGGCUUUGGCACGGGCCGCCUACAAUCCAAAGGCGGAACUUUUGCUCUUGGACGACCCUUUCGGGUCUGUAGAUGCUCCAACUGGCUCAUGGAUCUUGGAGGAGCUGCUUUGUGGCCCACUGCUCCAAGACCGCGCUCGCAUUGUUGCACUGCAGCCCGAGAUGGAACGACUGCGCAAAUUUGACAAGGUUUAUGUCAUGUCCAAUGGGCGCAUUGUCACAGGUGGAACGCCAUCAGAGGUUGCUGAAACGGAAGAGUUCAAGACGCUGCAGCGCAGCUGCAGUGACGAGGAGGAGGAGGAGACAACUGAAAUCGCAUCCAUUGGCACCCAGAAGGAGAAGGGGCAGCAGCGCCCAUCCGGCAUCUCAUCCCAGUUAGUCCCGGCCACAAGCCUGCGCGAUAGCGAAACUGAAGGUCGACCAAGCUGGGACAUGGCCAGCUCCUAUAUUGCCAUUGGAAAAUGGCGGAACCUGGGAAAUUCCAUGAUAUUCUUCUCCUUGGUGCUCUUCCUCUAUUUGCUUUGCGACAUUUCGCUGGCCAACUGCACAAACGCUUUGGCAAUUAAUGCUGACGCACCCACUGGAAAAUACUUCAGUGGCUACCUGUUCUGGCUUGCAGCGGGGACUGUCUUCCUGUACAUCGGCUGGUACUUUGGAGCAGCCUUUACCCUGCGUAUCUCUGCCAAAAUCCACAGCGAUGUUGUCAAGCGGCUUCUUCAUGCUCCGAUUGAUCGAUUCUUUGACAAGCAUCCAGUGGGCCGCAUCAUGAAUCGCAUCACAAUGGACAUGACUACCAUUGACCUCUAUCUCUUCUUGAAGAUUUCUGGGAGUAUCAUGAUCCUCUUUCAGACAAUGGUCCCACUGGCAUACAUCCAUUCCAUUAUGCCGCUGUCCAUGACUUUCUUGUCGCUCCCCUUCUACUACGUCGUAGCUUCAUUGUACACCAGAUAUCAGAACACUACCGUACCGUUACGGUACUGUUUCAAGACGCAGACCUCCAGAACACAAAGCUAUUUAUCAGAUGUUAUGACCAACACUGUGGUCGUCCGCGGCUUUGGCGAGCAAACUCGCUUGACCCAGGAAUACGCUGAAGCUGUCGAUUGCUCCUUGAAGGCCGAUCUCACAGAUGACCGGUUGAUGAAGCGCUGGCUUUGCAAUCGCGUGAAUUACUUGUGGACUUUCUACAAUUCCGUCACAUACAUCAUCGGCCUUUACAACUGUGCAUGGAUGGGCCCUGGCACCCUAGGUAUUGCUCUGACCAAUCUUCUUCUCUUGGAGUCUAUGAUUGAACCUAGCCUUGACAUGAUGGCUGGUGCCCUUUUUGAGCUCAUCGCUUUGGCCCGUGUGCACGAGUACACCGAGGUGGAGCAAGAGAAACCCAUGCGUCGGCCGGAGGACUCCAACCUUCGAAGUUAUUCUGUGCGCUAUUUGAGAAAAAACCAAGCUACUCUGACCAUGAAGGCGGUGGGGGAGGACAUCCAAGUCUUCGUGAAUGGCCGGCCUUUCCUGCGGUCCACGCCAGAUUUGAGGGCCUUGAUGCUCGCUGAGGGCAGCGAGUGUACUCUGCAGGAGCUUUGCCCAUCGUGCUCUGACUUGAGCCAAGUGCCUAGCCUGCACCACCUUGUGGCAGCUAACGAUGCUACUGGCAGUGCGAAGGCCAUCGCGGAAGAGCUUUGCAAAAGCGUGCGGAGCUUUCUGACAGCUAGUGCUUUUGCAGCCCCUCCCCAGGUGGUCUUGGAGUUUCAGAGCAACUGGCUGGCGAAUGGAGCCCGUCUUGACUUGCAAGAUUUGCGGGCUGGCUACGCCGAAGUCCCCCAGGAUGUACUGAAAGGUGUGACCUUCAGUGUGGAGCCACGGAUGAAAGUAGCCGUUGUUGGCACCACUGGCUGUGGAAAAUCCAGCAUGCUGCUGGCCCUGCUCCGCAUCAUAGAACCCCGUGGUGGCCGCAUUAUCAUCAACGGCAUUGACACCAAAGUCAUUGGUCUUGCGACGCUACGAACUGCACUGGGCUUGGUACCACAGGAGCCAAUGCUUUUCACUGGCACUCUGCGCCACAACCUGGACCCGUUCAAAGUAUACACUGAUGGCCGGAUCAAGAGAGCGGUCAACUGCUGCCACCUCGAGAGCUUCGUGAAUUCACUUCCCCUCGGUUUGGAUCACCAAGUGUCCGAUGAAGGUGGAAACCUGAGCUUUGGACAACGGCAGCUCUUGUGCCUGGCACGGAUGGUCUUGAGGCAGCCGGCGCUGCUCUUGCUGGAUGAGGCUACUUCAGCCAUUGAUCCUGCCACCCAGGAGUCAGUGCAAGACACGAUCAACAAUGCCUUCCCAACCUCAACGAUGUUGGCGGUGGCGCAUAGGCUUGAAACUAUCAUGGAGUUCGAUCAAGUGGUGGUCCUAGAUGGGGGCCGCGUAGCAGAGGAGGGCCCGGUGAAGGAGGUGGCAGCGAAGCCUGGCGGCCUCUUCAAGCGCAUGCUUGACGCGAAAGAGAAGUGGUGAUGAUUGUGUAGCCAUGCCGCGGCAAUUCAGCUAUUCACAGUCAUGCUACGUUCUGCACAAGUUUCCAAGAAGAAACUUGGAGCUGUGUGAUGAAUCCGCUCUUUGCCCUCUCAGUUUCUUUCCUAACCUGGCCUAUUGGCAGUAAACAUUGACGUGCUGUUUUGGUCGCCUAAUGCCGAGAGGGUGGCAGCUGAUCACGGUGUCCAAAACUCGGC